AUUCCGAUGUCAUUCAGCAGCAAACAAUUAAAAUCAACACACUGUUUACCGCUGGUUUCGUAAACAUUCUGCUGCACCUGAUAGGGCUUCCGUGACACCACAAUGGCGAGGAAAUGUGUUCACAAAGGGUGUGGGAAAACAUAUGAGGACGAGAACGAAGCAUGCGUUUACCACCCCGGUCCGCCCGUCUUUCAUGAGGGCCAGAAAGGCUGGAAAUGCUGCAAACCGAGAGUGCUGACGUUCGACGAAUUCCUCACUAUCCCACCCUGCACGACUGGCAAACACUCCGACGUCGAUGACACGCCUGCGCCGGAACCAGCACAAUCAGUAGAUGUCCCCAACAACACUCAUGUCUCACUAGGUAGUCUCAAGGAAUCAUUACCGACGCCGGCGCCACGACUACCCACAGCAGAAGCUCCUUCCGCUCCGCCCUCAGCACCCCAAGCGCCUCCCGAAUCAGAAGACGAUGAUCCAAGCAUAGCGAUACCAGACGGUCAGGAAUGUAGAAGGCGGGGCUGUGGAGCGAAAUAUAAUGAGGGUUCGACCAGGGAAGGCGAGAAGUGCGUACAUCACCCUGGCGUGCCCAUCUUCCACGAAGGAUCCAAGGGCUACUCUUGCUGCAAGAGGCGCGUGUUAGAGUUCGACCAGUUCUUGAAGCUCGAAGGGUGCAAGACCAAAGACAGGCAUCUAUUUGUGGGUAGCGGAAAGAAGAAGGACGAGGAGAAGGUGGACACAGUUCGCCACGACUACUAUCAGACCGCGACAACGGUCGUCGCAUCGAUUUUCCUCAAGAAGAUCGAUAAAGACAACGCCAAGGUCGACUUCCAGGAAAGGUCACUAAAGCUUGAUCUGCGAACGUCAGAUAGCAAGCGGUACAAAGCCGAGUUCCCGCUAUACGCAAGCAUCAAGCCAGAGCAAAGCAAAUACAGGAUAUUGGGGACCAAGAUAGAAUUCACGCUGGUAAAGGCGGAUGGUACCAGUUGGCCUGUCUUGAGAUCAGACGAAAAGCCAACAGGAGAACGGAUUCAGGUGGGACAGGCCGGUCGAGUCUAGACAGCUGACGUCGGUAGAGAAUAACAAGUCAUUGCGAUGUCCCGUCGCCGUCGGUUGUUUUGGCCGUCG